CGCGGGCAGAAGGGCGGAGAGCGACGCCCAGGCCGCCUCCCCAGCGCCAGGAAGCGGCGGCGGCGGCAGCGGCGCCCGGGAUGGGAUGGGGCCCCGGAGGAGACGCCCCCGGACGGGCCGCGCCUCGCCCUCCGCCCCGGGGGGGGCCCUGAAGCCCCGGGACAGCCGGGCGGAGACGCCACAGCCCCAUGGAUCUGGACCUGGACUAUGAGCGCCCCAACGUCGAGACCAUCAAGUGCGUGGUGGUGGGCGACAACGCCGUGGGCAAGACCCGCCUCAUCUGCGCCAGGGCCUGCAAUGCCACCCUCACCCAGUACCAGCUGCUGGCCACCCACGUGCCCACCGUCUGGGCCAUCGACCAGUACCGCGUGUGCCAGGAGGUGCUGGAGCGCUCGCGGGACGUGGUGGACGAGGUCAGCAUCUCCCUGCGGCUCUGGGACACCUUUGGGGACCACCACAAAGACCGGCGCUUCGCCUACGGCAGGUCGGACGUGGUGGUGCUCUGCUUCUCCCUGGCCAACCCCAACUCCCUGCGACACGUGACCAGCAUGUGGUACCCCGAGAUCAAGCACUUCUGCCCGCGAACCCCCAUCGUGCUGGUCGGAUGCCAGCUGGACCUGCGCUACGCUGACCUGGAGGCCGUCAACCGCGCUCGCCGACCGCUGGCCAAGCCCAUUAAGCCAUCGGACAUCCUUCCCCCCGAGUGUGGGCACGAGGUGGCGAAGGAGCUGGGCAUCCCCUACUACGAGACCAGCAUGGUGGCUCAGUUUGGCAUCAAGGACGUCUUUGACAACGCCAUCCGCGCCGCCCUCAUCUCUCGCCGCCACCUGCAGUUCUGGAAGUCCCACCUGAAGAAGGUGCAGCGGCCCCUGUUGCAGGCCCCCUUCCUGCCCCCCAAGCCGCCCCCGCCCAUCAUCCACAUCCCGGAGCCGGCGCCCGGAGAGGGCAGGGGCCCCAACGCCCUCUUCCGCCAGCCCCUGUGUGCCGACGUGGUCUUCUGCCUGCAGGGGGGCCAACGCGUCUUUGCCCACCGGGUCUACCUGGCCACGUCCUGCUCCAAAUUCUACGACCUCUUUGCGCUGGACUCUCCCGAGGCCGCGGGCGCCAAGGAACCGGCGGUGAGGACUAGGAGCUUGGAUGCCGACAUCCAGUGUGGUUCCGCGGCGGCGGCGGCAGCUUCUCUCCGGGCCUCGCAGAGCGACGACCCCCUGCGCUUGGGGCGGGCGCCGCGGGCGCUGGCGGGCUGGGGCCGGGGCUUCGUCAGCAUGCGCCAGGAGGCGGUGCGCGACCCCGUGACGCAUCGCGAGAAGCCCAUGGCUGUCUACCUGGAUGGGCUGGUGCAGGCGGGGCCUUUCCUGGCAGUGCUGGAAUACCUGUACACGGGGCGGCUGGAGCAGCACGGCGCCGACCUGAUGCAGGUGGCGGCCAUCGCCGAGUUGCUGGAGGUCUUUGACCUGCGCAUGAUGGUGGCCAACAUCCUCAACAAGGAGAGCUUCAUGAACCAGGAGAUCACCAAGGCCUUUCACGUCCGGCGCGCCAACCGGAUCAAGGAGUGCCUGAACAAGGGCACCUUUGCAGAUGUCGUCUUUGUGGUCGACGACGGGUUGGUGCCGGCCCACAAGCCCCUUCUCCUGGCCGGCUGCGAUUUCAUGGUCGCCAUGUUUGGGAGCACCUUCCGGGAGAGCUGCGCUGCGGAGGUCGCCUUGCCGGGCACCAACUGCGCCUGCCUGCGGGCCGUGCUGGAGUUCCUCUACACGGGCCUCUUUGUCCCCACGCCAGACCUGGACGCCAUGGAGCUGCUGGUGUUGACCAACCGCCUUUGCCUGACCCGCCUGCAGGCCCUGACCGAGCAGUACGCAGUGGAUGAACUGGUCCAUGCCAGCCUGCAGAAGGUGGAGAUUGACGCCCAGGUCAUCCUCUACCUGGAGAUGACGCAGUUCCACAACGCCCGCCAGCUGGCUGCCUGGUGCCUUCACUAUCUCUGCACCAACUACAACAGCGUCUGCCGCCGCUUCCCCCGCGAGAUGAAGUGCAUGUCUCCAGAGAACCAGGCCCACUUUGAGCGCCACCGCUGGCCCCCGAUCUGGUACCUGAAGGAGGAGGACCGCUACCUGCGGCUGCAGAGAGAGCGCCAGCUGGAGGAGGACAUGCUUCAGAAACAGCACCCGCGGCGCAAGUGGUGCUUCUGGCGCCCCCAGCGCACCAGCCCCAUCUCCUGAGCCCCCUCCCCACCCCCACGGGCUCCCAGGGGACCUCGGCCGAGAGGGGAGGGCCUCUGCCUUGUUUACAACCCCCCCCCCCCGCCUUCCUGCCAGCUCUGUGCCUCUUGCCACGGCUGCCAUGCCUUUCUCUCUCGUGUUUACGCCCUCUGCCCUGCCCCACAGAGCAGGCGGGCCCCUAACCAGCUGCCUCUCCAGUCGCUACCUCUGACCUUUGCAGUAUUCUGGGGGCGGUGGGGAGGUUUGGGGGUGCAGGAGGAGGGGGUGCGGAGCUGCUACGAAUCGGGGUUGGUCUGGACCCAGCCCACACGGGGCCGGCUGGACCUGGGCUUUGGGGGCAGGGUGUUGUUGUGUUGGGGGUCUCUGAGCCGCAUGGCUGUAGGUUGAGAGGGGAGGGAAUAGUGGGGGGUGGGAGAUUUGCAUAGGAGGGUGGGGUGCAUGAGGGGGUGGCAGGAGCCGUGGGCCCUGCGUGGGGUGGUGUAAUGGGGGGUAGAGAUUCUUCUAGUUGUAGGAGCUGCUUCCUGUCUGUGCUUGUUCUGCUGGGUGGGGGGGAUGCGGGUGGGGGGAGCCUUGGACCCCUCCCCAGGCCGGUGCCUUGGACACAACGCGAGCCUCUUCUCUGGACUGGGGGGGUGAGGUUGCAACUCCCUCCCCCCCUCUUGCCUGUCCAGCUUGGUGCAUUUAGGGAGGGCUGUGGUCAGCCCAUCGCCACCCGGCAAACCUGCACAACCAAGGUUUUUUAUACUUUUUUCUACAUGUUCCGUUUCCCCCCCUUUCUCCCCGAACCUCAGCCAAGCACAAACCUAAUCCAGGGUGGGGCCGCCUCUGGCCCUCACCGUACAGAAGGGCUUUGGCGGUGCAGGGGGGGUCCUUUGUGGCCUGGGCUGCACCUGCGUCUCUAACCACUGUGAGCUGAGCCUUGCCGCUGCAACCUUUCUUACACACUUCAGUAUUGGACUGUUUUAACCUUUUAAUAAAAGCCUUUUGUAUCGUG